UGACGCGCAGCACCGCGGCUCCGCGCAUAGAUCAGGCAAGCGUCGCAAACAAGGAAGUGAAACAGUACAGGAAAAACUUUGCACGGAGACCUCAGUGUUUUGUUGUUAUCGCGGAAAAAAAAGGCCCGAAACCUAGCUCCGCGUCUUUCUCUCCCUCUGAUUCGAGUAACCCGCACAGGAAUUCAGGACGAUGAACAGUAAAGGGUCGUACCCACAGCAGCAGGCCUACCCCCCUCAGCAGACGUCUGCUGCCAUCUACCCGCCUGGCAUGCAGGUGCCCUCCCAGGCACCCCCUUAUUCCGACGCCCCCCCUGCCUACUCGGAGAUCUAUCAGCCUAGGUACAUGCACCCUCCCACGGCCACCGGCCCUCUGCCUCAGAUGUCCUCUGCCUAUCCCGGGACCCAGAUGUACAUGCCCCUGGCGCAGUCCAUGCCCGUGGGCGCGGUGGGCCACAACGUGCCCAUGGCGUAUUACCCGAUGGGGCACCUGUACCCGCCUGGCUCGACUGUCCUGGUGGAAGGGGGCUAUGAUGCUGGCGCCCGCUUCGGAGCUGGCAGCACCCAGAGCAUCCCGCCUCCUCCCCCUGGGCAUCUCCCCAGCGCUGCCCAGCUGGCCGCCAUGCAGGGCACCAACGUGGUGAUGACGCAACGCAAGGGCAACUACUUCAUGGGCGGCUCCAGCGGGGGCUACACCAUCUGGUAAACGGGACCAUGCAGCUGGGCAGCUUGCCACGCCCUCAAUACUGACAUCACCUAACGGAAUGUAAUAUUUAGUGCCAACGAGGUGCAGUACGCCACCACCACCAGCAGGGACCGCCACCUCCCCUCCUGCCCACAUGCAGAUCCAAGGCAGGACCAUGUGCCCAUUUCUACAAAAGGGACAGUACACCUUUAUUUGGGAAGCACGUUUAAAAAAAAAAAAAUUGUCAUGCAUUUUUGUUCUCAUUUUUAAGGCAUAGUAAUAGCAUGUUAUUUAUUUUUCCAGACAGUAGCAUCCCAAUACUCCCAAUGUGUGAGUUUAGAAAAUGUCCCUUUCCUGGGACACAUUGAGUCCAGAGCUGCUUGGGGCCAAUAAAACAUCCGGGCUGUCUUCUGUGACAGUCUUUUGAACUCGCGCCGUUAAAUUGCUGUUUUUUUUAGUUUUUUUUAAAGAGUUCAGGCAGAGAAGUCUUUUCACAAGAUCCCACUUUUCUGUACUAGUUCCUUGGGCAGAGGCAUUUUUCUGAUCCCUUGCAAAAGACAACAAAGGGGUUGCAAGGCCUCGGAUGAAAAUAAAAUGGGCUACGGGGCUUGAGCAGGCUGACACAGCGGGGCAGCUCAAACCAAACUGGGAGUCGGACACAAUCUGAGCCCGCAGACCUCUGCCACACCCCUUAGUUUUCAAUUCUGCAUCCAAACACAGGUGUACUUUCCCUUGGGCGACGCAGCCUUGAUUCAAUUCCUUAGAAGGUCUUCCGUCAAAUCACGCUGGGAAUCAAGUAAAAUCCCCACCCCACCCCACCCCCACCCCCAAACAAGAGAUGAACAAAACCCCACUCUUAAAAGGUUUGAUAGUGGUUUCAGUGGCGUGAAACAGACUUCAGGAAGGGCAUCCCGUAGUCAAGUCACGAAAGAGUGAGCCGUCACCGAGUGGAGCACUGCCCUGCCUUUCUUCUGUGGGAGAAUGACUUCUGCAAAUGUAUCCCAGCGGCGUUUAAUAAAACCAAUACAUCAUAAGGACAGGGUGGUGGUUUACUGUACCUUCCGGGGCAACUUAUAGAGGACUCUUUAUCAGGUGCCAAAAGUCUUGUGCACCUUUAAUUAAAAAAUACAAAAUGAAACUUUAAUUAUCCAGAAACAUAAUUGAGUACAGGUGGGAAUUCUAACGCCGAAAGGAGGGUGGGUGGCGUCUUUGAUUUUUCGUUUUUUUUUUAACCGAGUCGGAUACCCAAAUGUUUUCAGACAGCGGGGAUACGACCUCCUCGGAAGCGCGCGGUUCUCUGUCUCGCUCCGAAACGGGAGUACCCAGCUCCACGCCCCCGGACAACCACAGGGAAACGUGUCUUAGAGGGGCUGCCGUGCUGCCCACCACAACGAUCGGGGGUCCCGUGAGGGAGCGAGGGAAGGACAGGGCAGAGGGGUGGCAGGUCGGAUUCAGAAGAGGCAAGCCAGCAGUCUUUGGUCAUUUGACUGAGAGAGACACACACGUUGAGUGUAAAUGCAUGAUUUCUGUCGCAUGCUUUUUUUUGCACAGUGAACAAAAUAUUGAUGGGUUUACUGUUGUGUGAAAUGCACUAUUCCUAUUAAGCCAGAAGUAACUUAAUGCAUUUAGUGUGCUGUUGACCUGUUUCAAUAGCCUUUUUCUGCACAUAGAUGCCUAAGAUCUUUUCUACCUGUAUAUUGUACUGUAAGCACUGAUUUUUAUACAUGCAGCUUAGUACUUGCACUGCUUUCACCUCACCUCAAGUUAAUGUCGAGGAGGCUGGUUGAAGACACUUGACAGGGGUCGUCAUUUUAGGUCCUUAAGGGUGGGAUAUGGACCGCGUAGGCCGUUUCCCAGCAUGCAUUUUCAAAAUGAUGUCAAGGAGCCGACAUGACGGUCGUGUGAAGAAUCCAUUCGUUUAGAAAGCUCGCUGGGGCUGGGUACACUGAACACUGGGUAUCCGACACACACACACUGCGUGUUUUGGAGGCCUUAACUCCCUGCAAGAGCCAGCUGCCCCUGCCUCCACUAUACACUAAAUAAGACGGAUGGUUUGCCCCCCAAAAAAUGAGUGGGAAUCAGGCCCUGGGUCACUGUGGUCCAUAGUUCCUUUGUAAUAAGGAAAUGCAUUGUGAGCAUACCACUCGGAGACAAUGCAGAUGAUUCAGGAUGCCAGCAGUUUCUCACUGAUGAGUGGUAUUUCUCAAGCAGGUGACAACACCCAUCCUGGGCGGGCAUCCGCUCCAACAGCUGGUUGGUUUUUUUGGUUGAGGUGAAUGGGCUCAGCUGCGUUACUGACAGCUUUCCAGGCUUCUGGGUUGUUCCUCGAUUUGCCUUUCAUCUGUGCUGCCCGCUGUUGGAGCGUCUCCGAGUGCUUUGCUACGGAGUUGCAGAUGUCAAGUCAGGAACGGUUUAGGGUCACGUAAAGUCUUCAAUCAAAGCCAUCCUGCUAGCAAAUCUUUAGCCUAUUGAAGGAGCUGAGAGCUGAGCCUGGGGUGACAGGGUCACAGGGGUUAUAGGAGUGUAGGAAACCCCAUCCCAUGUCUUCGCAAGGGGGAGCGGGGUCUCAGGCUUCCGAAACAACGCAAAUACUGGGAUUUAACAAACAAUUUGGGUGUCUCUGCACUCUCCGGUCUUAAAAUUAAGUUAAAAUGAUUUCUUUUCCCAUGGGAUUCUAGCAGAAACUCCCUUGGAGAACACAGGGGAAAGCAGGCUUCCCGUUGAAUCCCAGCUCCCCUGAAAUCUCCCAACGAACAGACGCCACCCUGCCCUCUUUCCGGCUCAGACAAGAUGAAGUCUUGUGUAUAGGAUUUAUGGACAACAAUAGUUCAGGGACUCUUAAAUAUUUUUUUUAUACAUAUUAAAAAUGAUUUGAUGGAUCUGGAAUAUAUUUUAUCUGUUAAGGUUAUUCAGAAGGAGAUGAGCGUCACUGUAUUGUUCGCUGUGUGUAGAGACUGUUAAGAGGGGGAAAGAGCCUCUCUUUGCAUCGGAGUGGGGGUGCACUUAACUUUUUUUAUACUAAACUAAGGUUAAAAUUUAGAAUAAAAGACUAUUUUGGAACUUUGAA